AUUUAAUUGUCAAUCCAUAGAGCGUUCAUUCGACAAUACGGUGUUUAGCAACUGUAUUGGUCAGCUUCUUGCAGGUGCAAAUGAUGGAGUGAAGGCAGUGCUGAAUUUCAAGUGGUUUGCACAGUUUACUACCACGAUUUUGAACGGAUUUCUAUCCUUUCCAAAUUCCCCGGACACCGUUUCGCUACUUCAAACUCAUCCACAACAAGAGCAUCACAUUGACGAUAUCCAAACGACGAGAGGACACAUGAGCACCAACUCCACCGCUUCGCCAGGUGGAGCGGCAUCAGAUGGAAAGGAGAGUGCAGGUCCGGGGGAACUCGUCGGUCGGUGGCGGAUAGAAAGGACCAUUGGACAAGGAACAUACGGGAAAGUCAGAUUAGGUGUCGAUCCAGUAACGGGCGAAAAGGUCGCUGUUAAAGUCAUUGAAAAAGCUCAAGUCCAAUCCUCAAAGCAAAUCGCCCGUCUCCAACGAGAGAUUCGCUUCCUCCGCCUUCUCCACCACCCGCACAUUGUCCAAGUAUACGAUGUAAACGAAACGGAGCUGUUCAUAUACAUUAUUAUGGAGUACGCUUCUGGAGGCGAAUUAUUUGAUUACAUUGUUGCGCAUAAGCGAGUCAAGGAGAAAGAAGCGAGAAGCUUUUUUAGACAAGUCUUGAGUGCGGUAGAUUAUUGUCACAAGAAUGCGGUUAUUCAUCGAGACUUGAAGCCAGAAAACCUCUUACUCGACGAAACCAAGACAAUCAAGAUCAUCGACUUUGGAUUUGGAAACAAUUUUACAAUGGAAGGUCUUUUGGAUACAUUCUGCGGUUCACCCUUUUAUGCCGCCCCCGAAAUGAUUCUAGGGAAAAAAUACGAAGGUCCUGAAGUAGAUAUGUGGAGUUUGGGUGUUAUUCUUUUUGCGCUGCUCUGCGGACAUCUUCCUUUUGACGAUGAUAAUAUGAAAGAGCUUUAUCGAAAAAUUGCGAGUGGGAGUUAUACAUGUCCGGAUUAUUUGAUGCCGAGCGCUCGACAUCUCAUCAGCCGUCUUAUCACCGUCGAUCCCAAAAAGCGCGCAACCCUGGACGAAGUGCUUGUCCAUCCAUGGGUAAACGAAGGUUACGACUGCCCACCCCCAAACUACCUCCCAGAACGUCCAAAAAUAUCCGACCCGAGCACACUCUCAAAAGAAAUUCUACAAAGGCUCUUUGUCUUUGGAUACACCAUGGACGAUGUGACAAAAGCUUUUGGUCCCGAGGCUGAUCAGUCGAAACCAAGUCCAGUCCGCGCGACGUACUUUCUUUUGAAAGAAAUGCUGGCACGGGAAGAAUCCAAAUUGAGGGCUGAUAGACGCAAGAGUACAACUGCUGCACGUCGGCUCUCUGCAAGCAGCCCAAACAUUGCGGUACCACCACCUGGGGCAGCCGUAUAUGCCGAGAAGGCGAGUCAGGAGGAGGAACCAAAAGUACCUCUAGCAGUGUCGACCAAGGGAGUAACACCAGCGUCCCGAAAGGAGCAUUUCGCCUCCUUACAGGCUCUUUCGACGAUUCUCAAAGACCGACGAGCGUCCACCCCAGAUGCAUACAAUAGACGAUCACUCCCCUUAAAUUCACCCAUGCCAGAGAUCCCAAGCGAAUCCGAUUCACCAACAUCCCCAACAAGACCUCUCUCCCUCCAACCCCCACCAACAGCCAAAACCCGACCCACAACCGCCCACGAAAAACCAUUACCGCCGGGCUCGACACCUCCAGCGAUUCCAUUACCGCCCACACCAUCCACCCAAGAUGACUCUCAAAAAGAUUGGACGAGACGCUUUUCGUCGCCGCAACCACCUGCUCAGACCCCGUCUUCUGCUUCAACCCGUAGAGGAUCGGCAGCGGCCUCAUCAGCCGUGUCAAGCACCACCCGCUUUCGAACAGACUUGCGGGCUGUAUCGGGGUGGUUCUUUAACGUCUCAACAACAUCAUCGAAAAAGCCAUUGGAAAUCCUCGAUCAGGUUCAAAAAGUUCUUGAAGACGCACGGAUAGCUUAUAGUGUCGAAGCACCCCCUGAAGAAUCCAAUCCCGAGACACCCAUUACCCUCCUCUGCGAACUAGACACAUCGAACCUAACGGCACAAGAAAGAGAAAAAGAAGAAGAUGAACGUCCUCCUUCUCCAAUUAGUCCAGAAAAGAAACAUUUGCAAACUCACACGAUCUCGUUUCAAAUUACCAUUUAUAAACUUCCAAGGAUGAAUCUGUCGGGGUUGCAUUUCAAAAGACUUCAUGGCGGUGUGUGGAGUUACAAAAAAGUUUGUAACCGGUUGUUGGGACAGAUGAGUUUGUAAGACCUUGAGUAUCAAGGUUAAAAAAAAAACCGGUGAAAGAGAAUUCAUAGGUCGUGGUGUUGGUUUUUUUUUUUCCUGUAUAUAGUUCCUUUUUGGAAUUGGUUUUUCAACUAGACAUUCUUCGCACGUCUUUUUGGGUUUAGUUGAUCAACUUUUUUUUUUUUUUUCGAUCGUGCUAAUAAUAUAAAUCUUUUGACCUUGACUUGCAAAAAACCG